CCAUCAGCCAGCAUUCAGCAGCAGUAGCCGCGACGUGGCUGAGGGGGGCUUUCGGGAUGUCGUCGUGUUAAAGUCCGGUGUCGCGGCUGUGUCGUGCGGGUCUCUACGUUGUUGUCUUCGACGUGCCCCUCGCGCUUUACACCGACGAACGCGAAGCUGACUCGACUCUGACGUAACUGACGGCGAACUUUCGGCAGUCAAAUUUCCCAAAUGAAGUGAAUGAACAUGCGUUAAGCCCUUUCCAUCAAAUAUCAAAAAAGUCCCGCGGUACGCGACCGAAGCAAUUGGCGCUAAUAACUCAUUCUGUCCGAAUCCCGUCGUUCCAAAUAUAAUUGAAAAAUACCAGAGGACAAAAUAACGCACGAGUGCUUCAGCGGGCAAUCCAUUCCGCGCCGGCACGGUGAAAACAACGGUGAUUUUCUACGCGAUUUUAUAAUUCGACGAGAGGACCGUCGCGAAAGUGCAGUGAGACAAAUGUUUCAUGGACAUCCAGACACAUCGCGCUGGUAGCACCGUCGACUCAUCGAUAGCGCGGUCGAAGGUGAUACGAAGAUCAUCGACGAUAUGUCCCCGGAAAUCCACGGACUCUCGUGAAAAAAUUAUCUGUGGAACUUGAAGAGGAGACUUCUCGAGGGAAAAAUGGCAGAUCGACAGAGAAGGAGUCGAUACUUGACCAUCAGUAUACUGCAUAUUAUCACAAUAAUGUGUCAAGCGCUCUCCGAUCCGCCGAUAUUUGCCGAGCCGAUACCAAAUGUCACAGUGGCGCUAGGAAGGGAUGUCAGUCUACCCUGCGUCAUCGAAAAUCUCGGAAGUUACAAGGUGGCGUGGAUUCAUGUUGGUCGUCAAAUGCUGCUGACUAUUCACAAGCAUGUAGUCGUGAAAGUACCCAGGUUCUCUGUAUCGCAUGACAAUCAGAAAACAUGGUUGCUUCAUAUUAGUAGCGUGCAACAAGAUGACCGGGGUUAUUAUAUGUGCCAAGUAAAUACCAAUCCAAUGAUAAGUCAAGUGGGCUUUCUUCAAGUCGUCGUGCCACCAAAUAUAUUGGAUUCUCUUUCUACGGAGAGCACUGUGGCAGUUCGGGAACAUCAGAAUAUUACUCUUACGUGCAAGGCCGAUGGAUAUCCACCGCCGAAAUUAAUGUGGAAACGAGAGGAUGGUCAAAUGAUAAGCCUCAACAAACAUCACAAAGUGACCGUGUAUGACGGCGAGCAAUUAAACUUGACGCGGAUCACGCGCAGCGAAAUGGGCGCUUAUCUCUGCAUCGCGACCAAUGGCGUGCCGCCCACAGUCAGCAAGAGGAUCACCGUGGAUGUCGAAUUUUCGCCAAUGAUCUUUGUGCCGAAUCAGCUGGUCGGUGCGCCCACCGGCACUAACGUAACGAUCGACUGUCAUACGGAAGCAUAUCCCCGUGCUAUGAGCUACUGGUUUCUAGGAGAGGAGAUGAUUCUCUCCAAUGAGAAAUACGCCACGAAUAUCAUGGAGAACAGCUACCGGGCGCACAUGAGACUCACCAUCAGAAACUUGACAGCGACUGACUUCGGUAGCUACCGAUGCAUUAGCAAAAACUCGCUGGGCGAGACCGAGGGAUCCAUCAGAUUAUACCCUAUUCCGAAACCGUCGGUGGCACCGAAGGCGACGGAGAUCAAGAGCAGCGCCAACAAAGACGGACGACCGACCACGCCACCGCCAGCAAAAAGGCUGACCACCGUGUGGCCUUCCUCGAACAGCCCUUACUAUCCGAAAAGGACAGAGAGACCACCUCCACCGAGUGAGGAGAGGGUCGAGAGGCCCGAGCAGAAGCUACGUGGUGGCGAAAGUACAGGAAGCGCAUACAUCAUCAGAUGGAGUGCGCCGCAGUUGAUGGUCGUGGCGGUGCAGUACAUUCUCACCGGGCCCUAUAUGCCCCCCUACGUACCCCAGACGGCGAAUUAAGACGUCCGUCGUGCGGAGGAAAACAAGUUCAACCCAAGGUGGGGUGGCGUGGACGACACAACGAGGAACCCGAGGAAAUUCCGGUUCCUAUUAGAAUAUAUCAUCGCGUAUCUUUUGCACGGAACGCGCUUUUUGCGGAGUUCGCGAUGAGUUUACGCGGGAUAUGUGCGGUUACGUGGAAGUGAACAGGAAGUCAUGCUCGCAAACGGAUAACUAGUUUACGAUCGACAGACAUCAAUGUAUUCCGAUCCGGAAUGGACUCCGAUUUCGCUUUAUGUAUUGUUCGUCGAAUGGUACGAUCAUCACGAAUCGGAUUGAGAGAUUUUCACGAUGACAGAAAGGUAUUUCGUAAUUUUAUUCUUAUUAAAUGGUCCUCACGGGGAGGAUAGUACGGUGAAAUUCCUGGCUGUCGACAAAUUCCAUUCUCGUUAUGGACGUCAGAUAAUUCUCUAUGAAAUCUGUAUGAAAUUUUUGCGUGCAAGAUCGAAUGAUUAUCGCGCUUCGCUUUGAUCAGCGACUCUCACAAAGGUUCAAAAUUUAAACGAGUAGAAAGAACGAUUGAUAUCAACAUGACGAUGAAUAGUGACAUUAAUAAAUCCUAAAUAUUAAUAUCACUAAACGCCGAAUAUAUUUGAAAAUAUUCGAGACGAUUUAAAAAAAAAAAAAAAAAUGAAAUGUAUUCGGAUAAAUUACCGGAAGAAAAUAUAGAUUUGGAUAAAUUCUAUUAUAUCGUAUUACAUUUUUUAUGAUAGCUUUUGAUUUUUUGAGAUAAUUUUUCUAAAAUAAUAUAAUAAUAAUAUUUUAUACAUGUCUCGCGAAAAGUAUACGAUGGAAAUUGUGAAGAAUGCUUGUUUAAUGAAAAUUAACUAGAGAAAUAUUGCUUUGACGCAAGUCUGUAAUCAAGGAUCGUUGUUCCGUAACCAAACAAUUCAUAAGUCAAACAAAAGAAUUAUACGUUUUCUCGACAUAUAAACCGGCACACCUUGAAACUAACACGCAAUGAGGAAACGUCUAAGAGAGCUCUCUCCAGAGAGCAAGGGGAAUUUGAUUAAUGCCACGGCACGUAAAAAAUAGCGACGGAGUGGCCAUGUCCCUUUGAAAUAGUAAGCGAGAUGAUAACAUAGGAAUCAUCGAGACUUUUCUACGGAAAAAAAUAAAAAUAUGUCGCAAAAGUUUCUAACCAAUAGGUUAUAAACUUUUGAAAGAAAUGCAAUAGAGAAACUUCAAUAAAAAUGUGAAUGAAUUAAAAUAUUAAAAAAUAAAAUGUUUCAUUAGAAUUUAAAUAUUGAAUUACAUCGUGUACGUAUGAAUAAAUAUAUAUCGCGUGUAUAAAUGUAUUACAUACAUAAAAAAUAUAGACAUUUUAUAGA